AUGAAAGAUUUCCUUAAUACUAUAUCUGAUGAACAUCAAGGACAAAAAUUUGUUGAACCAGAAGUUACUGAAUUUUGGAAACAACUUUCCAACGCAAAAAUCAUCUCUACGUUACCAAAGAAUUGCAAAACUGACGAAUUUAAUGACCUGAAAAAGUAUGUUACAGUUGAGGAUGAUUAUAUCUAUCUAAAAGUUGGUGUAACCGUUGACUCGAAUGGUACGUUAUACCAUAAUGGAGUGACCACCAAUUUGGAACUACCAUUAAAACUUAUGAAUACACUUAAGCUGGUCUUGCACGAAAAUGUGUACUUUCUUGGGCAAAAACAAAAGUAUGGAUCGAUGGUCUUUAUUCGUAAAUGUUAUUUGGCAUUAAUUGAAUUAAUUGAGGAAAAGCGUCAUGGACCAAAUGAUCCAGCCUAUAGUGGUUGUACAAUCACGGGCACACCCGGUAUUGGAAAAACUUUCUUGGCGUUAUUUCUUUUUUAUUACAUCCGAAAUAAAUAUCCUGAUGCCACAAUAAUUUGGAGGGCAGAUAAAGUUAUUUGUUAUCGAUUCUCGCCAGAAGGUAAAGUGGAUCUGGGGGAUCGACACAAAUUCCACAAUGCAUUACACGAUCACAGUAACUUUUACCUUGUUGAAGCUCAAGUUCUAGAAGAACAAAAAGCUUAUAUGCUCCAUUUUACAUCGCCAAAGAGUGAACGAUUUAAUGAAGCCGUUAAAUCACAAGGGUUCACCACGUACUUUAUGCCAAUCUGGGAUCAAGAAGAAAUCUUUACACUUUGGUUUGAAGCAUUCAAGGACAAGAAGGAUAGUAAUGGCCAAGAAUUUGUAUUUCAAAUAGUUAAGAACUUAUUAAGUAAAUGGGGUCCAAUACCUCGGUCGGUACUUGCAAAGUGGAAUGAUGAAACAUACCAGAACCAAUACAGUGGCUUGGUUGCCAAGGUUGAUUUAGAAAAAUGCAUAGAUUCUAUAAACAAUGAGGGAAUGCCUAAAGGUGAUUCUAUAAGUGAAAAAAUUGUACACCUUGACAUGCAUUCAGGGUUUACAAAUAUGACAUAUCACUUUGCUACAAAUGAAUUAGCUAGCCGUUUAAUUGAUGAAUAUGAAAAUAAAACCAGGAAUAGCAUUCGUAAUUUCAUUGUAUGUGGUCGUGAUUUUCCAGAGACUGCUUCAUUUCGAGGACAUCUUUUUGAAGAUUAUUCACAUAGAAAGCUAAGUAAGGGUGGCAGUUUUAAAGUUCGGUGUUUGAAGGAAAAUGAUGAUAGUGAUAUUAUCAAAAUUACAGAAAAAAUUAUCACAGAGCGUAAAAAUAACUUCUACACUACAUUGGAAGAUAUUCGUAAAGAUUUCUACAACAGGCCCAGGUCAAAGUCAAAUAUUUCGAUUGAUUCAUUUGUAUAUGAAGAUGAUAAUGCCUUGGUCUUGUAUCAAAUUACAAUUUCGACAAAUCAUGGAAUAAAGGUUCAAGGAUUAAGAGAAAUUAGAAAUACCCUUGGAUCACAUAAAGCCAUUUAUUUAUAUUUUGUUGUACCAUCAAUGAUUUUUAAAAAUUAUCCUUUUCAAGACUAUCAGACUGUCGGAGGCAAAAACUUCCUAAAUGGACCAACAAUAUAA